AACAAGGCAAUGGCGUGACAGUAUAUAUUGUCUUUCUGUCUGUCCGUCAGGCUAUCGCCGCAACAUGAUCAGUCUUGUUAUAUUAUUGCUGUCCACGUUGGCUGCUGCCCAGGCAGGUUACGCUAGUCUUUACUCCCAUGGAUCCUACGCCGCUCCCUACGCUGCCAGCAGUGCAUACUACCCUGCCCACAGCUCGUACUAUGCAGCACCUGUAGCCACCUCCUACAGCCAUGUCUACAAGGCGUCCUCCCCUUCUGUGCCAAUAGUCAAGGCCUACGCUCCUGUAGUCAAGGCGUACGCCGCUCCGUUGUCAUAUUAUUCUCCAGUAUACAAGGCGUACUCCCCUCUAACUUAUUCCAAAUCCUACGGUUAUAGCGGACUCGACUACGGGCUCGGCUAUGGAGGAUUCGAUCACGACUACGGCUAUGGAUACGGACAUGGACUUGGAUACGACCAUGGGCUCGGAUAUGGCCAUGGACUUGGUUAUGGAUAUGGAGGAUAUAUCCAUUAAAUCUGCUCAUCGCUUCUCUAAAUAAUUCUAUUUUUAAACCUAUGUAUAAUAAAAACGUUUUUCAGCAAUAGUUUUCAGGCGUAUAAAGCUAAAGACUUUUUGAAAAUAUGUUACUUUUAAAUUCUUACAACGACUUAUAACAAUGAACUUUUUAAGGUGUUACACAGCUACAGAGUUAGAUGGUCAAAUAUCCAUGACAAAUGGAAUGACAUAUCUACAUUAAACAUCGUUGUAUGAUUUUUAAAAUCGAUUAAAUAUUGUAAAAGUGUAAAUAUACGCAUUUUAUUAUUA